AAGACACCAUCAUAUGCAGAUUUUCAUGUUUCUCAGUUGUGUACCCUCCCCUUAUUUUGCCUCACCAGCUACCCAGAUUAGACUAACAGUGCACACACACUUACAUCAGCAUAGGACACUAAUCUCCUAUACAAGUAUUGACAAAGGCAGAGUAAAACUUCAAUCACACAAAGGAUUUAUAGAGUUACAACUAUGAGCACCUCUGGGUAUAGAAAAGGGCUUGGCAAGCAUGAAGAGAUUGAAGAAGAUGAACUUUUGGCCUCACUUACCAGCGAGGAGCUCCAGGAGCUAGAGAAAAUAAUGGCUGAAAUGGAACCUGAUGAGAACAUACCCAUUGGGCUACAGCAAGAAGACCAGACAGCCAAAAAGUCAACGGGAACAUUUUGCAGAGGGUCGUUGCUGAAGUACUGGGAGGACGAGACUCAAAGAUUGUUAAAGGACAGCAUGGAUGAGUGCCAGACAGAUAAGUGCGAAGAGGAAUGUGCCAGUGAAGAGCCGGAGGAUAAUAAAGAAAAGGGGGGUGACAGGGUGAAGCAAGCUAGGUCAAACAAAUGGAAUUCUGUGGAGCUAUCACGACUAGAUAGCGAGAGCGCUCGAAAAUAUAAUGAUGCCCCCCACUACCCUGUUACACUGGACGGGUCAAGUUGUAACCCCACUGAUAUCGAUAAGACUUUAGAGCACGUAUUGAGCAAUGCCACUUCCUUGACUGAAGUCAACCUUAACAAUGUUGAAAACUUAUCCCAAGGUGUUUUGGUGGGCUUUGCUGAUGCCUUAACCUCGAACACUCAUGUUGAGGUUUUCAACCUUGCCAACACCCAUGCAGAUGAUCAAGUAGCUUUGGCCUUGGCCAAAAUGCUGAAGGCGAAUAGUAGCAUUACCAGACUUAAUGUCGAGUCCAACUUCAUUUCAGGCAAAGGCAUCUUAGCUUUGAUUAAGUCACUUCAGUAUAACAACACACUGACUGAGCUCCGAUUCCACAACCAGAGACACAUCUGUGGAGGCCAAGUAGAGAUGGAAAUGGUGAAACUGCUAAAGGAUAACACUAGCCUAUUGAAACUAGGAUACCAUUUUGAGUUACCCGGCCCAAGGAUGAGUGCAACUGGUAUAUUAACCCGCAAUCAGGACCGCCACAGGCAAAAGCGGCUCCAAGAAAGAAGAGAAAAAGACAAAAGUCAAGAACAAGUGAAGUCUUGGAAUACUGUGGACAAAAUGCAGUCAUUUCAAUUCCAGAUUUCAACAGACAAGCACACAACCCAAGGGAAGCAGCACUUGGUCUCUUCUUAUUUGCCACAACCACCUCAUAAUCAACCAAAUGGUGUGAUGAAUGUGCCAAUGAGGCAAAUAGCUGAAACGGUCAAGCAACAAGAAACCGAAAACGUGGGUCGAAUCCAGGCUAAUUCAAAUAAAAAGCACAAUCUCACUGGCGACAAGCAUGGCAAGAAAAAGCUUCAUGAUGAUAAUACAGAGCAUUCAAGAAGAAAAGAUGACCUAAAUAGUCUGGAGGAGUCAACCCGUGAUGAUCUACUGGCAGCAAUUCGCGGCAGCAACAUUGGUUCACUACGAAGGGUAAAAAGUUGAGCAUUUGGCCAAGACAUCACAAGUAGCCAAGGAAAACAAAACAGUGCCCAAGAUUGUAAUUCACUCAAAAGGACAGGAUUGGAACUUCCAAACUAACAUUCUGGUGAAAACCAACUCUGCCAAAACAGGCCUCUUGAGAAACUUUAAGCAAUAAUUACCUAUUUCAUACCAAGAAUUGGAGGAUUCAUUCAGUGUUUGUGUUCUGACUAAGGUUAUUCCAGUUCCAGCAGGAACUCAUUACCCACACAGCGGAAAAUUUUUAUCUUCUAGUAUGAAUUUAAUAUGUAGACAUUUCUGUUUUAAUGCACUAACUAGGUCUCUUGGUUUUAAUGUACAUGCCAAUCUGUUUUAAAAAUUAUAUUUUAACUGAAGAGUUCAUACCAUUUCUUGUUCUCCUUAAAAGCUAUAUCAAUUCCAGACGACUCGGGCAGUUAACUUUUAUAUACAAUGUGGAUUUUGCUCCAUGUAACUGACAAUAUCCAUUUUGUUUUAACACUAAGCCAGCAUUUCCCUCCCUUUCCCCCCAUCUUGCAGGUCCUAAAGGUACAAAACCUCUCAGAUAAUUAAUCUGUAUAACAUAAACACAAAUGAAAACUUGGGCAUGCUUCCGAAUUUGACCUGGGUUAUUUUUACACACAUUUAAUACACACAAUUUAGUAAAGCUAAAAGGGUCAUGAAACACCAACAUGCGAUCAUUGUGUAAAUUCAGCGUGGAGACUUGAUGUCUGUACUGGCUGGAACAAUGUGACGUCUUUGAAUUUUCAUCAUUGAUGAGACUUAGUUUGACCCAAUCAGCACACACUAUUGUGUAUGAGGUGCAACUUCAUUAAUAUGCAUGAUGGCUUCAAAGACUGUUUUUACUUUUUACUUUUACAGUGUUGAGACGUCAGAGAGAUGCCACGUUGUGUUGCCAACCAUAACUAAAACAAUCGGAAGAAGAAAAAUUGUUCGGAGACAUGAGACAUCAGUGUUGCAUUUAUAAAUGUGCUGCAACAAAGGUUUUGUUUCCAUUUUCCUGUGAUGAGAGCACAGCCCACGUUUGGGUCCACAUUUGUGGAUUACAGUGGUCUGCUAACAUGCGACAAAGAUAUGUUCAUAACAUUGUGUGAGCUUUUCGCAUCUGGAAAUGCUGAAAUCCGCAUUUGCCACUCUUCUUAGUCUCCUUGCCGCCCCUAGCAAGAUGCCGCCCUAGGGUGCGUUUCCUAAAACCAACUAAGGUCACAAGUUCUAUCAUUUCAAACCUAGUUAGUUAAUUUGGCAUUUUUCAAAUCCGUUGUUCCAGCGAACAUUCGCAAACUGCGUCAUAAACUUUUAUGCUUGCAACUACACCUCUAGAGCUGUAGUUUGCAGCAGAGUUCCAUUUCCAGUUACCCACAAAUUUUCCUAUAUUUG